UAAACGUUUUAUACUCGAUUUAAUCUACAAAACUUCUUUUCUGAUAAGAUAAAAUAAUCCUAUUCGACUUGAAAAGCAAAACUAUAUAUUUUAACUGUUUCUUGGUAUUAGCUUUUUUACCGUUUACAAGUUAAUGGAAACGACAGGAAUAACAAAUAACAGAGAGGCUGUCGAUGCUUUUAAUAUAUCAAUCCGUGAAUAUACAAAACAUAAGUUCGAACAAUUCCGAAAACAGCUUCAAGAUGAAGGGAAGCAUUUUGAUAGCGGCUUUAACGUAAGCUGGAUGAGUAAACAAACGAAGUGGCACAAGAGGAGAGGUGUGUGGAAUUGCAAUCCAUCAACUGAUUGCGAGCUAUGUAAGGAGUUAUUUGAAGAAGUGAUAGCCCUUCACAGGCAAACAGACAAGAUCGGAUUUAAGAACUGCAAAAAGAAACGAGUGGGUGGAUGCUGGGGUAUAGCAAAGCUGUUCAUGCCAGAAAAUAACCAAGACAUCGUGUCUCCAGAACAUACAGAUGUCGUCACGAUUUUGCACAUAAUGAUGAACUGUAGAUUAUUCAUGACUUUUGAUAAUGACACUGUUGAAAAGAUUGUUCAAGGACAGAUGAUGGUUGCGCAAUAUUCCAUAUACGGCAAUAUGCAAAGUUACCAGCGUAGCGAAUUCUUUACAGCGAUGAAAACAUUGCUACAGAGUCUAAUACAGGAUGAGAUCAUUAGUAAUAACUUGAAACAGGCUGUAUCUAAAAUUAACACAGUUGCUGCUGGACCACCAAACUUGAUAACACCAUGUACAGCUAUAAGAGCAAUCGGACGAUUUUUAGGAUUUAUUCUCGGAAUUGUAACCGAAAACUGGCUAAUAUUAUACGGACUUAGACGGCACGUUUUAGCAUUACUGUAUUUUCUUUCAUAAAUUAUAUUCUUAGUUUAUAUUAUAAUCAGAAGUCCAAUUUAUAUGUAACAAUGUUUCAUUUCAAUGAGUCUUAUCAGUGAGUUAACAUUCACUGACUGAAAGAUAUUUCGGAGUUUUCCUUCGACAACCCUGAUAAAGAGGAGGUAAUCUGUGCGUAUCAAACGGAAGAUAAUUCAUUGGUCCAUUUUAGGAAAUGCCAAACAGAGUGACCUGUCUUUAUUUAUACUUUUUUCAAGAACAAGUCGAUAUGCCCUUUUAAAUAAAACCAACAAUUAGUCAUCUAAA